UGCUACUGCACUCGAUCGCUGUAACUUGGUGGACGUACUGGCCGUAGCGAAGGCUCGCUUCCACAUGACCCUGAUGACGGCCCUUUCUUUUCUUGAAACAAUGAAAGUGCUCCUUACUCCGGCUCCUUACUCCAACUGAAAUCAAGUCCCUGGACCUGGCAGCUCUUGUAUCAGACUACUGAUUACAUAAUCAUUGGAUCCACCUAGUACCUGGAUCCUCUGCCUCCGGGUGGAAACCGAGAAGAUGUGAGUCCGCAUUAGUGAUCAUGGCCUCGACUGCCAAGGCCGACAAUGGAUGGAGGAAUCGUACUAAUCAUAGGGUAAAACGCUAGAAAGAAGGUAGCGCUACACCGUAGAUCAUGGUAGAUAUCGCGCCCGCGGUCCGGAUUAUUCACUGACUGUUGGCAGUUUGAUCAGGAAAUCCUGGGGCCUCCGGCGGUCAGGUUAGGCUAGGCUGCGCUUGGCAGUAUAUUGUUUGGGUCGAAAUCCUCGCAGCGUCGAGGUAUCGUCAUCUACCUUGCGACCCGCGCCCAGCCUACGCCCUAGAUCCUCCCCGGCGGCCCCGCAACGCGAAUAGCCGAAGAGAAGGAAGAAGGCGAGUGAACAGUAAAAUAGUAACGGUUGUGCAGAUGUGGUGGAUUCAGCAUCAUGGACUCCUGGCGUCCUGGACUCGAGUACUCCACUGUUGAGUAGAAAAGCACAGUCAUAAUCAUUACUGGCGAUUUUGGAUUGUGUCACAAUGUUCAGAUAUUGGAAUUAGCCACUAGGUGGCGGCCGUCCACCAGUAAACAUGUCUCGCCACGGCCAGGACCCGACACAGGAGCCCAUUCCGUUGGCAAGAGAGCACUUGCUGCGACACGCCGAUGCAACGGGUGCUACUGUUCCCUUGCAGUUGAGUGCUAGCCCCAUAGCACCUCCGCCGAUUGGCGGCGGCGUAGCUCGAACAUACGGCGAAUCGUCGGGGUCGGGGUCUGGCUCAACGACUGUCAUUGGUGGCUACGAGCUGCCACUGAUGAACACACUCGUGGAGAAGCUGACGUGUGGAUCUUGCAGUCGCCUGCUGAGAAAUCCAUUUCAGCUCGGCUGCGGCGAUCGCAUUUGCGAGAGUUGCCUGGAGAAGAUGCUCAGGGAAAGCUCCUCGCCUCGUUGUCCAAUUGAUAAUGAGCCGUUCACAAAGGAUCAAUGCUUCAAAGACAUUUUUGCGAAGCGCGAGAUCCUUGCCCUCAGCACACGUUGUCCGUCCACGCUGAAGCGCCGUGAUGGGUGUGGGUGGGUUGGGAAGGUUGCGGAUGUGGAGGAACAUGAAGCUAGUUGUCUGUAUUGCGAUAUCAAGUGCACAAACGCACCGCUCUGUCAGGUGAAGGUUGAGCGCAAUCGUCUGGCUGAGCAUCUGGAAAGAGAGUGCGCGUUCCGCUCCAUCGUUUGCUCGUUCUGUGGCCGAACAAUUCUCGCCAAUGACAUGAAUACUCACCAACUUGAAGCAUGUACAGCUACCCCAUUACCGUGCCCAAACAAAUGCUCUGCACCAAAGAUGCUGAGAAAAAUGUUCAAGGAGCACCUGACAAAGUGCCCCCUUCAUAUCGUGGGCUGCUAUUACGCGUUUGCAGGAUGUGCCUUUCGGGGCCCCAGGAAGGAUCUACCGGAGCAUCACAGCGCCAACAUGCCCUACCACUUGCAGCUCUGCUCACUAGGCUUUCAGAACCUGCAGAGAGAAGUGGGUGCGCUGAAGGAACAGUGUGCGGCCACUGAACAACGGAUGGAGAAGUUUGGCGGGAAAUUUGAGACGAUGGUGGCGGAGGUGAGCGAGCAGGCACUGAGCAGAAAGGAAGCAGCAACCCCAUCCAGUGCAUCAUCUGUUGAAGGGGCUGUUGAAGAUGUCGAGAAGAACAUGGACAUCCUCAUGCAACAGCAGCGUGUGAUGGACAAGGCCAUGACGACAUAUGACAUUCAGCUGAAUGACCUGAACAUGCGCUGUGACCUGCUGGAGGUGAAGACGUGCAACGGGAUUCUCGUCUGGAAGAUCGCCGACUUCAUGCAGCGUCGUCGAGAGGCGCUCAGCUCUCAGACGCCGUCGCUCUACUCGCCGCCGUUCUACACAUCGCCGUGCGGCUACAAGAUGUGCGCGCGCCUCUAUCCGAACGGCGACGGCCAGGGCAGCUCCACGCAUCUGUCCAUCUUCUUCGUUGUGAUGCGCGGCGAGUACGAUGCCCUGCUACCCUGGCCAUUCCAGCAGCGUGUCACCAUCAAGCUGCUCGAUCAAAGCGCGCCCGCCGGUGCCGAGGCCGCUCGCAUGGACGUCGUCGAGACCUUCAAGCCGGAUCCGGCCAGUUCGUCGUUCCACCGUCCCAUGAAGACAAUGAACGUGGCGACUGGCUGUCCACUGUUCAUGCCGCUGGCCGAGCUGAUUUCGAAGGAGAAGCGCUACAUCCGCGACGACACCAUAUUCAUCAAGGUCAUUGUGCAUCCGCCGGGAUCCAGGGCGCCCGACUUUCCCAUGAAGGUGCAGUAAGCAGUGGUGUCGCUAGGUUCAGGACUUUACCCAGUCCUGCCGUGAUACUCCUCACACUGGCGGCGCGUGUGAUGCUGCACUGUGACCUGGGCAUGGCUCCUCACAACCAAUAACCACACAGGCUCCUAUCAUCAUCAUCUCAUGAUGCACUCGCCAUUGUUGACUCUGGGCGUAUAGCCGCGGCUAAGAAAUGGAUGUCUACACCAAGUAUGGACUCAGUCAAAUUCACAGUUUGGCCAGUGCAGCAACGGAAGUAGUAAUCAAAUACAUGUCUGUGGAGAGCUAGAGCAGUGGCAGUGGCCACUUGCAGGAUACACAACACAAUGGUACACGUAGUGCUGGAAGAGUGGCAGCUUACAUUCUUUGUGCAUUCCCAUGUACACCAGGAUUAUGCCAGUACAGACCAGUUGUGUGUUUCCUGGUGUUGUGUACUCAGUUCACGGCUACUGGCUGCUUGCUGGGCAGAUACACCGAUCAGCAUUCCAUCAGGCAGUGCGGCAUGCCCAAGCAUGCAUGUGGGCAGUAGCUCAAUGUCCCGGCAUUGUGUAAGAGCACUCACUGUGUAGAACGGCCACACUUUGCUUUGUCAAUCAUGUGACCUCUCUGCGCUCAGUGAAAAGGUGACCGGCAUCCCAAACAAGCUGCCUGGAGGACACCAGUAGUGAGAUGAUCUUGCUCAGUUUGUGCCAACCAUCGGAUCCUCCCUAUACCAGGCUAUCCCAUUGCUCAUGUACUAUGCAGCUGCAGCAGCAGCAGCAGCAGCACGCCAUUCAAGUAAGAAAGGGUAGUACCGGUGUCAUGGCAGCUUGGUCAGACCUACGGAGAUGAGACAGCACUUACCUACAAGAUGUGUGCGCCCGUUUCGUGCAGCGCUGUCAUGCCCAAUGAGUAGGGACAAGACUGAGUACACUAGUCGUAUGGAGGAUAUGUACUCUUGUUAACGACCGUGCGAAUCAUCGUUCUUUUUGAAGUAUUCCUUUGCAAGUACACUGAGGAAAGAGACUGAACUGGCUCAGUAGUCACCGUGAACAGUGGACACUACGGGCACUAUGUCCAUAGUCAAUACACCGUCUCGUUUCGUCUAAAUCCUGAUUGAGUUCAUGAGAAAAGCCACGCGAUUAACUAACUUGCCGGACUUGAGUGACUUUAUAUCCUUGUUUCCAGACACCAUACCUACAAUCAUACCGUUGAACUGAUCUAAUCACACUGUGGGAAGGACAUGUGCCGCUACUAUUGUAGGCUAUUGACUGUUUGACCGAGGUGCCCAGAGCUGACUCACAGGCGUUGUGCAUGUACCUAGUGCUUGCACUGAAUGAAUUAUUUGUAUUGUAAUAUUUUGUUAUUACUAAUAUCCAGCACACACUGAGACUUUCAUUGAAACUGUUGACAUUCGCCGUAUUGAUAUCAUAAUUAUUACAGUGUAUGCCGCACUUUGCCCGCUGGAGACACAUUAUCCAGGAUUAUACCUACACUGGUUCUUUUCCAAGAAAAGCUGCUGCCGAAACACCUCAAUCUCAAAGAUUGCACCGAAUUGCUGCUGGGUGCUGAGCCGCUGACUAGGCUGCAUGCAUGCAUGUACAUUGUACAAUGACUUAUGUAGUAACCGUUGUAUGGUUAUUAGGUUUGCGAGGUUUGGUUCUAGCUGCCUACCUGUCUUUAUGAAGUGAAUCUGCUGUGCAGUUUUUUUUUGCCAUGGUCAUGGUGCUUCUCAGUGUUUUUUUCUAAACUUGUUUUAUACCAGUAAUAUUUAUGACAGUCGAUUUCCUAAGUUGAUAUAGUUGGCACUGAUUCUUUCUCCCCCUCCGAUACAUUUUCGUCGGCUCUUUAUGAUGCCAUAGUGUGUGAUUAAUGAAGCUGCCUUAAUGCCAAGAACAUUUCUUUUGCUUGUCACAUGUAUUGAAGCUUUUUGACCGCAGUCUUGCUGAA